GGGCCGCGGGGCAGCAUGGUGCCGGGGCCAUGAGCGCCGGGGGGCAGCGCGGGCCGAGCCCCAUGCCGGGCGCUGCCGGGCCGGGGCCAUGGGUCAGGUCCUGGGCUUCGCGCACUGCAAAGAGUCACCGUCCACUGCCUCCACCACCCCUGACUCCACUGAUGGUGGCACGGAGUCAGACUUCCCUGAGCUGCAGACGGCACGGGAGUUCUCAGAGGACGAGGAUACAGGCUCGCUGGGCUGGGCCACGCCACGGGAGCUGACCUUUUCCUACAUUGCCUUCACCCCUGGGCAUGAUGCCAGCCCCCCCCGUGAUGCCCGCACCCGCCGGCCUGAGCCCCCAGCCCCAGCCCUGGGUGACAGCCUAGAGAACAUCCCCAGUCUGUGCCAGUCACCUGAGGGGGAGCGUGGGCAGGGCCUGGGGAUGGACCCCUUCUCGUCCUGGGAUGCCCCCCUGCGUUACACCAAUGACCCCGAACCCCUGGAGCCGGGUAACAGCCCCCCCCCCCAGCCUCAGCUAGUGCCCACCACAAAGGCUACUGUGGAUCCUGGAGCCACCGAGGUCACAGAGGCUACAGCUGGUUCAGAGACAGCUCUUGAGGAGGCCCCGGGGGACCUCCAGCUCACCCCCGCCUUAGCCCUCCACCCUGCUGAGGGCACCCCUUGCUGGGCUGAAGGCACCCUGUCCUCCUCGUGCACCCUUGAAGGCCCUGGCUUCCAGGGCCUCUGGGAUGCCGAGGACCCGCAGGAGGAGAAGGCAUUUUUGGAGAUGGAGCCAAUUCCAGAGCAACGCCUAGAAGAGAUGGACCAAUCAGGGAACCCCAUGGAAGCCUACAACAUGGUGCUGGAGCUGGUGAUGUGGCGGGACGUGCGGGCCUCGGGGAUGGUGCUGACUGGGCUGGUGCUGGCGCUGCUCUGCUUGGCCCACUUCAGCGCUGUGGCUGUGUGCGCCUGGGCUGCGCUGGGCACCCUCAGCAUCACCCUCUCACUGCGGCUCUACCACAUGCUGCUGGGCGCCCUGCGGCCUGGCCACCGCCCCAACCCCUUCCAGCCCCUGCUGGACACAGAUGUGUCGCUGUCCCCAGAGCAGCUGGAGCAUGUGGCUGAGCGCAUAGGGCAGCACAUGGCCGCUGGUGCCCGUACCCUGCGCCACCUCUUCCUCGUCGAGGACCUCGUGGACUCCCUCAAGUUCGCCUUCCUGUUCUACAUCCUCACCUACGUGGGUGCCGUGUUCAAUGGGCUGACACUGCUGCUCAUGGGUGUGAUAAGUGCAUUUACCUUCCCUGUGCUCUACCGGCAUCACCAGGCACAGAUCGACCAGUACGUGGGCUUGGUGAGGAACCAGCUCAGUCACCUCCGAGCCAAGAUUCAGGCCAAGCUCCCAAGUGCCAAAGCAAAGGCAGAAUGAGCAUCCACCCUGCCCCGCUCCACCUGAACCCCUUCUGCUGCCCCCCUGGGCACAAGUUGCCCAUGGAGGGGUGCUUGGCGCUGACGGGACGGGGCUGACCCAGGGAUGGGCUGGGGAUGGGGGCAGCUUGGUGCUCCAGGGCACGAGCUGGGGGAGGAGCCACUCCCUUACCCAUGCCCACCCCGGCUGUGUGGGGUUUACACUUUAAUAAAAACUCUUGUCACAGAA